CGCAAGCUUAUUUCGAGUCCGAAUCGCACCGGAGACGGUUGUGUGUGUAGACGGUUGAAGCGGACCGAACCAGUGGCCGAAAGCCAGUGUCCAUCAAACACCAGGGACCCGGAGCUCCAGACCAGACCGACCCGAUUGAUCGACAGUGUUUUCGAUACAGUGAUAGACGUGUAUAAAGUGGCUACGAUCGGAGUGUUUACUGAAACGAUCUCGUCCCCAGGUGCAUAACUGAGUGGUUUUGUGUGUUUGUAUCUACCCAAGAAGAGGAAAUAGUGCUGAGAAUUUCUCUGCGAAGAGAAGCAGCUUAGUCUACUAGAAAAAGCUCUGUGUGUGUACUGUAAAGCUAGUGCGUGCUGUGGAUUUACCGACGUCUGUAGCGUUCUCCAGAGCUCGGAAGAAUCUCUUGGCUGCAGGACUAGAGAGAGUGAAGCGAAUUCAACGCCGUCCAGUGCCUUGGAACAGAAUCCGCACCUAUAAUCCGCAUCACAUGUAACAUCACUCACCCAACUUCCCAAAGAUCAAAACUCACAAAAAUGCAGUCCUCGAUGAUGGAGAAGCUGAGCUUCCUGUACAAACCGUACGUGCUGGCGGUGCUGACGAUCGGUUACAUUUCCGGCGAGCUUGGCCACUACCUGAUCGGUGUCACCUCGAAGGCGACGGCCAUCGAGCUGGACUAUGGUGACCAGGCGUGCCAGCAGAACCACACCGACUUUCUGCGCCACGAGCUGCCGGCACAGUGUGCCGAAUUUAUCAUCGAACAUGAAUGCCACCAGCAGCACAUAAACGGUACAGUUUACUGCGAGUGGAACUACAAUGGACUUGGGCUGGAGUAUCAGCUGCUCGCCGGUCCGAGCUUCAUUGCCGUGUUUACGGUGAUGGGCGUCGUGCUGGGUGUGGCCGCCGAUCGGUACAACCGCGUCCGGAUGCUGUUCGUGUGUACGCUCGUGUUUGCCGUGGCCAUCCUGCUGCAGGGUACGGUCAAGGAGUACUGGCAUUUGAUACUGCUGCGCAUGGUGAUGGCGGCAGGGGAAGCCGGCUGCAAUCCGCUCGCCACCGGCAUCAUGUCCGACAUCUUCCCCGAAAGCAAGCGGGCACUCGUGAUGGCCAUCUUUAACUGGGGUAUCUACGGUGGGUACGGUAUUGCGUUCCCGGUCGGCCGUUACAUCACCAAGCUGGACAUCGGUGGACUGGGCUGGCGCAUAUGUUACUACGGUACGGGAGUGCUCGCGCUCAUUAUGGCCGUACUGACCGGUACGACUUUGCGCGAGCCGGAACGCCAAAGCAUCGGCGAGGAUGCGGCCGGUAAGGUGAAGGUGAACCUGUGGAAAGUGUUGUUGCAGCCGCGCGUACUGCUGCUCAUGUUUGCCGCCUCGAUCCGCCACUCCGGCGGUAUGACGUUCGCGUACAACGCCGAUCUCUACUACAACAUCUACUUCCCGGACGUCGAUCUUGGCUGGUGGCUGUUUGCCGUGACGAUCGGCAUCGGUAGCAUCGGGGUGGUAGUUGGCGGUAUCGUGUCGGACAAGUUCGUCGCCAAGAUGGGUAUCCGAUCGCGGGUGGCCUGUUUGGCGGUUAGUCAGCUGUUGGCCACACCGUUCGCAUUCGGUUCCGUUUACUUUGAACCGCUCUGGGCGAUGAUUACGCUCGGCAUCAGUUACUUCUUCGCUGAGAUGUGGUUCGGUAUCGUGUUUGCCGUGCUGGUGGAAAUCGUGCCGCUGCAGGUCCGCUCCACUACCAUCGGUGUGUUCCUGUUCGUGAUGAACAACAUCGGUGGCAACCUGCCAAUUCUGGUCGAUCCGCUCGCCAAGGCCAUCGGUUACCGUGGCUCGGUGAUGUUCUUCUACGCCGGAUUCUACGGCAUCAGUACGCUGCUGUUCUUCAUCACCAUGUUCUUCAUGGACGGGCCGAAGCCGGCCGCAUCGGCCCCAUCCAUCGGGCACGAUCCGACCAGCCACGCUAACCAUGUCGAAAUGGGCCACGAAAACAAUACCUUCCAGCCGGACGAUUAUCUACCCUCGCCGCACACGAACGGUGCGAAUGGGCACCGUAACAUAGUCAGCGUCCGGCCAUCGGAAAGCAGCCGUCUUUGAAACAUUGCUGCAGGCAACUCCGCUGGGAGGCAACGCCACGCCACGCCAAAUAUUGGCCAUACAGUUUUACGACGACGAUCGACGAUCGCACUCGCAACGUACCUCUCUCCUUUACGGUGCGCCUAGAGACUGUACCAUGUUUUUUUUAUUAUUUUAUUUUAAUUGUGUGUUUCUAAUAAGUGCAAUGCCACAAACAAAGCAAUGAAGCAAAUCCGGGACAGGUUUGGCCGCCGGCACAGAAUCUCAAAACGAUGGCCUCCCGAGCGGCAACAAUCUCUCGGAUUGCGUUAAGCUUUUAAGAUAUUUAUACCUCAUCGAUGUCGAUGAUGAACGCGGGUGGGAUGGCAGAGAUAACGAUGAUAUGAUCCUGCAGACAACAGUGACAGUAGCAGUAAUACAACAAAGCCAACACUCUCGUCGUUCAACUACCAACAGAGCUUUGACGUACUAAUAGUUAAGCAUAAGCAGCUUGAUCAUCGGCUUUCUCGCGCGUCAUAAGCUAAUUUUUGUAGUUGCGCUACUAUAUCAUUGAUAAUUAAUAAUAAAUGGACCAACCACUCGAGAUGCAAACAUUUCGGGCACGGUUUUAAUUACA